AAAACUUCGAUAAAAUUUUAUUUAUGAACAAAAGAUACAACUGAACAUACGAAAUGGAUAAUUUCAAAAAAUGGUUAAGUUUUGUGAUAAUUCUGACUUUUAUCCUGGAUUUGGGAUAUUGUUUGAAAAACACUACUACUCGAUCGAUGGAGGACGAUGAUGACACAGUUGUUGUAGAAGCUCUUGCCUCUCCUGAUGCGAGUUUCCGGCAAGGUCGUCAAUUUCCAAACUUUCGCAUGCUCUACGAAUACCAACCAUUUCGUCAAGGAAGCACGUGUAUAAGUACCACAGGAGAAUUUGGACUAUGUGUCAAAUUUGACAGCUGUAGUCGAAACACCAGAACCAUCAAUUUCCUACUCCGACAAUCACCGGAGCUUACCAAUCCUUGGUUUUUACAAGGCGAAGCUAUUUGUAGUUUCUUUGACAACUAUGGUCGCCAGGUAACAGGUAUCUGUUGUACUUCACCGAAUCAGGGAAUAAAUCCCAACCGCGAACAGGAUAGUAGUGAGGUGGAAAUUUCUGACAAAAAGGACGAAGAUAACAAUAUCAAUUAUGAUGGCGAAGAAAUCCAACCGUACCAAUUCAAUUGGCCACCUCGACCAGCAUUUCCAUCGGCUGUACCAGCCCAAUGGCCUCCACCAUUGCCAACUCAUGGACCGUCGAUAAGUCAAUGGCCACCACCAGUGCCCACACAUCCACCCAACCAUCAUUAUCCAACUCAUCCACCUCAUCCCGGUUUGCCCUCGAAGCCUCCAGGAACGGCUACAUCAUCUCGUCCCCCAACUUAUCCGUCAUACCGACCAACUCAGAGACCCACACAAAAACCAUCGUACCCAUCUUAUCCUUCAACCACGACUUCAAGACCUCCAAGUACAACCGGUGGGCCCGAGACAUCAUCAAGUGCUAAAUGUGGAGCUAAAAAUGGGGUCUCAGCGGAUCAGGAACGUAUUGUGGGAGGUCAGAACUCCAGUCCGAAUGAAUGGCCUUGGGUAGUUGUGCUCUUCAACAAGGGUAAGCAGUUUUGUGGAGGUUCAAUAAUUGACAAUGUACACGUUUUGACAGCUGCACAUUGUGUUGCAAGAAUGACCUCUUGGGAUGUCGCUGGCUUAACAGCUCAUUUGGGCGAUCACAAUAUUCGAACGAGUUUUGAAGUUCAACAUGUCGAAAGGAGAAUCAAAAGACUUGUAAGACAUAAGGGCUUUGAAUUUAGUACUUUGCAUAACGAUGUAGCUAUAUUGACUUUGGAUAAGCCGGUAUCAUUUACAAGAGAAAUUCGUCCAAUAUGUCUGCCAUAUGGAUCGUUCCGAAAGUCAUUUACAGGACAGGUGGCAACAGUUGCUGGUUGGGGAAGUUUAAGAGAAAAUGGACCUCAGCCAUCGGUAUUGCAAAAAGUCAGUAUUCCGAUUUGGUCGAAUAUUGAUUGUGCCCGUAAAUAUGGUAGAGCAGCUCCAGGAGGUAUAAUUGAAUCUAUGCUUUGUGCUGGUCAAGCUGCUAGAGAUUCAUGUAGUGGUGACUCUGGUGGUCCUUUGAUGAUCAAUGAGGGUGGUACUUGGACUCAAGUUGGUAUUGUAUCAUGGGGCAUUGGAUGUGGCAAGGGUCAAUAUCCAGGUGUCUAUACAAGAGUAUCAGCAUUUUUACCAUGGAUUUUGAAGAAUUUAAAAUAAAAAAUUUUACAGCGAAGAAUGAAAAUUUUGGACCACCAUUUUUUUAAACGAUAUGAAAAAGUGAAAAAGAAGUACCAGGCAAAUGCGAUCGAUAUUGUAAUGAGAUUAAUAAAAUAUAUUUAAGUAAA